AUGGUCAAGCCACGUUGGGUAGCAAGCUUCUACUCCAAGGUUGGAUCCGCCUUCUUCCUCGCCACUCCCCUACUGCUGCUUGGUCUCUCGCCUUCAACCGUCGAUGCAACUUGUCCGACCUGCCAAUAUGUCGAUGACUUGCUAAAGCCAUGCAAAGCUAAGCUCGAUAUUCUCACAUGGCCCGGAUUCAUGGUUUACCAGCCUACGGAUCUGCAAGCCCCCUGCGCCUGCAACCAAAACUACUACAGCAUGAUCACUAAUUGCCUGACAUGCGAGACCUCGUCAUCGGCCAAUUACACCGUUGCGGCAAUAGAUCUAUACAAGGCCAUCUGCUCGUCGCAAAAUCAGGUCUGGAAGGACAUCAACAACCCCAAUGGAACCGUCACCACCACAACAACAACCGCACCCACCUCCACAACCGCUUCAUCCACAAUCACCACCAUCUCCCCCUCAGGCCUGGAUGGACCCCCCACUGGGUCGUCACCAAGUCUCUCCAACGGUGCCAUUGCCGGAAUUGUGGUCUCUGUGAUCGCCUUGAUCGUCGCCUUGUCGGUUGCAGGCUAUGUCUACUCGAGGCGGCGGCGGGAACAUGUCGCGGCAGUUGACGACCUGGACGAGUACAAAUAUAACACCAACUCACGCGACUCGUACAUGGACGGCUCUCUCCCUCAGUACACCGGUCAGAUUCAGUCUGUCUUGCCUCCCAUUUCCAAGAUCUCAAACUUGCGUGUCAUGAACCCUGACAGCGAUGACGAGGCCGGUGGAGCAGCCCCUACACGUCCUCCACAGCACCAGAGCCAGGGGAGCUUCGAAGUGAACCGCAACUCAUCUCCAGGAUGGCGCCGCGGCAGCUUUGACGAUGAUUGA